UGAUCUUCCGAAAGCAGCAUACCAAUUUCUCACAGAAACCGUCAGUUUUAUCAGAAUGCAGGCCACUCUACAGCUCUCACCACCAUCACUCCUUGCCCUUCUAACACCGACCACCACCACCAAGUCCCUGGUCUUGCCGUGUAGGUCCACUACUCCAAGGGCAAAAUCUUCGAGAUACCCCCUGCUCAAGGCAACCAAUAAUGUGACCUCCGAUCCUUCAACAGUUGAUUACAGCUCCAAUGCAACUUCGGUUUUUCCAGCAGAGGCUUGUGAGACUGUCGGAGGAGAUGCUUGUGAUGCCGAAAUGUAUCCUGAAGUGAAGCUUGAACCACAAGAGAAGAGCACCGCAGCCAAAACUGGUAAAGAGCUGCAGGAUAGAGAUUAUCUAGAGUAUGACAGCCCCAAGACGGUCUUCCCUGCAGAGGCUUGUGAUGAUCUCGGAGGAGAGUUUUGCGAGCCAGAGUAUCAGAAAGGAGUAUACUAGACGUUUAUCUAUAAUUUUGUGAAUAAUUACUACUUGGAACUUUGGAUGUGUACCUGACAACUUGCUUAAGGUACCUGAACUUGUUGUAAUAGCCUACUUGGGAGAAUUCAGUAGUUACUAAUUCUUAUAUCA